AUGUUCGUCCAAAGAACGCACCUAAACGCUGCGGAGAAGGCACAAGCACGGGAGCACUUCGAGAACCAACUGCGGACCGCUUUCGCCAGGUGCGAUUUGGACGAGGAUGAAGAUGAUUCCGAGAAAAGAAGAGAAGAAUGCGAGCGCAAAGCAAGGAGGGGGGAGAUGGACCCCAGGCUGGAGUUCACGUUCCAACUGCUCAUCGAUGGCACGGGGCUCCCACGGCACGCCAUCAUGGACCACGUCUUCGAAGGAAAUAUGCUGGAUGACAUCAACCAGCUGUUCCUCCCGCACAUGCGCAACAAGUUACUCUGGUACUACCAGGACGUGGAGGAAGUGGUAGAACGCGCGCCAGUUGAAGGCACAAAGCCCCGUCAACAGGGGCAGGGUAAACAGCCCCCACCGCAAGUCACAAUGAAAAAGAAAUUGUUCCUGUCUGACGGAUGGGACGUCAAGUUCACAGGCGUCUGCCUGUACAUGUUCAGGAUAAAUGUCAGCAAGCAGUUGCCCGAGGAGGGGUUCCAUAAAGACCUAUUCUGUGGCAUCCUGAACGCCGAGAAGGUAGGCCUGGUGACGGCGAUCGAGCGCGUCGUGGAGCACGUCUUUAUGAGCGCGCUCGCGCACCCUAGCGCGGACGGCGACGAGGACGAGACCAGGUUCCCCAUCGUCAAGAACCAGCUGCUGCCGGGGCUGAGGUCGUUCUGCUCCGCUCUCAAAGUAUGCGAGGACGUAUGCGGUCAAUUGAACCUGUUCGAAGACGGCCAGUUCCACAUGGCGACCGUGACAGACCACGCGCAGCUCAAAGAGAUGACUAAGAACCCGAGCACCAUCACCGUGCUGGAGGAGCGGGUCAACGAGUGGAUCAAGAAAGUUAUGGAGAUACUGAGCGAAAGUGAGCAGCUGCGCCGAGAAGUGGAUUCCAGCGGUCCACAGGACGAGUUAGAGUAUUGGAAGAAGAGGGGGGCACAGUUCUCCCAACUAGUUUCCUACUUACAGGACAACGAAGUCCAAUUAACCCUAACCUGUCUACAACUAGCCAACUCUAAAGUCAUCAAGUUAUGGCGCGACACAGACCACAAGAUCACCUUCUGCUACAACGAGGCGAAGGACAACGCCAAGUUCAUCCAGGCCAUGGAGAAAUGCUGCCAUUCGUUGUACCUGGACGAUCCGGUGAAGAUCAAGGACUCCAUAUUGAGUCUGCUGCAGACUGUGCGGCUGAUACAUAGUGUGUCGCAGUUUUAUAAUACGUCGGAAAGGAUUUCUUCGUUGAUGGUUAAGAUAACCAACCAAAUGAUAGAAACCUGCAAGCAAUACAUCACAUGCCGCUUCAAAGAAACCAUUUGGUCCCAGGACCGAGCCCUGGUCCGCGACAAGCUGAUCCACUGCCUAAACCUAAACAAGACCUAUAGAGAAACCUACCUGUUCGUUAAAAACCAGCCGUUUCUACCAAACACUGAGCAGUUCAGUUUCUCUGAGAAUUACGUUUUUGGGAAGUUUGAUACGUUCUGCAAGAGGGUGAAUAAGAUUAUAGCGAUGUUUGAUUUGAUGGAGGACUAUAAUCAUUUGUUUGCGAAGAGGAUGGAGGGAUUGUUGCUUGGUGAAGAUCUCGAGGAAGCCGUCCACGCGUUUGAAGAAGCAAAGAGGGCCGUAACCAGUUGCCAGUACGAUUAUUUGGACUACAGGAACAACGAAUUCGACAAAGACUACCAGGUUUUCGAGCAGAAAACUAACAUGCUACGCGAGUCCAUAGGGAACACUAUAGAGGAAAACUUUUCCAGCGUGUGGGAGACGCCGCAAGGCAUCAAGUUCCUUACCAGGUUUGAAAAGGUCAGUCAAAAGAUUCAAAUAACAAAGUUGAGCGAGAAAUACGACAGAGUUCUGCGCUACUGCGAGAAGGAGGUCGAUAAGAUCACCAAGAUGUUCAAGAAGCAAAAAGACGAUCCGCCGCUGCCAAGAAACUACUCUCCUGUUGCCGGUCGCAUAAAAUGGUCCCGGUGUCUCCUCCACAACAUGACGGAGACCGUGGAAAGCGUAUCAGCGCACCCCGUGUUACGAGCCCUUCCUGCCGCCAUGGACGUGAUGAGGAAAUACUCCAAUACACGGACAUUGAUCACCAACUACGACCAGUCUAUGCGUGCUGUCUGGAUGAACCAAAACCUCUGGGAUGUGGACGACUGCCUCAACAACACCUUGCUGAAGAUAGACGAAGCUGGCCGCAUCAGCGUCAACCUAGACAGCACUGUCAGGUUACUCAUCAGGGAGUCUGACUGCUUGGUGAAGAUGGACGUGGAGCUACCUAUAGUGUGUCAUUCGCUGUACGCUAAGAAGAAUUACUUUACCCUGGUCAAUGAUUCUUUGGAGUUCCUCCUUGAAGACUAUCUCCGCACGGUACGCCGGGUGAAACUCGAAGUGCGUCCUCUCUUUCUGCCUCAAGUGGUCCGCCUAUCGUCCCUCCUGCUCCCCGGCCUGCGUUCCGUAUCUUGGACUAGCGAGGACUGGGAAGAGUUUAUAGAAAGGGCCAACGCUGCUAUCAAAGGCUUUGAUGUACUUGUUACUAGAGUACAUGAUAUAUACACGAAUCGGAUCAUAUAUGUGCUGUCUGGUAUGCAAGAGGUUACUCUGAUUAAUUUACCAGAACAAACACCAUGGACGGUUGACGAAUUUAUAGAAAAUGUGGAGACGGGCUGUCGCAACGCAUGCGUAGAACUGAACCGUAAGAGCCUCAUGGUCGAGGAGGCGGUCGAGGAAGUCCUGGACCUUAUCAAGAAAGCGGCCCACCAGUUCAAAACAGUCGAGAUCAACCCAGAUUUCGAGUUCCUCAUUGCUGAUGAUGAAGCCCAAGCCGGAAGCGGUCAGGCGUCCACCCUCAACGAGUCCACAUCCAGCGGACAACAGGACUGGUCAGCGGUAUGGGAAUGCUUCGAGAGCCCCCACCGCCUGCUGUCCAUGCCGGCUGGAGGCCUCUCCAAGAGCAUGCAAGAAAUGGUGAAGAACGCAUUGAAUGAAAUGCGUCGAUACUACAGCCGCAAAGUGGUGGACGUUCUCAUUAAGGUCACCCGGCGGACGCUGGACAUCAUCAUCAAGCAAUUUACUUCUAAAAUCGUUUAAUAUCCACCAGGACAACAGAAGAAGCCGCUGUUCCUCCUCCACGCCGCGCUGAUGAUCCCCAACGUGUCAGUAAAGCCCACGCUAGAAGAGAUUCAAGAAGUCCUGGUGCUGGCCGGGAAGCACAUCUCCGGACUGGCCAAGGGCGUGGCGCAGUGGACUGGCGGCAAGAGCUCCAGGGUUAACUGGAAGAAGAUAGCCGGACACCAGUCUAAUCUUCUAGAGGUUGUGACGAAGCUUGACGAACAGGUUCAGUCGGUGGCAGGCGUGCUUCCGAAGUCGAAGGUCCUGGAUGCUGCGAAGCAGAGAAGGAAGAAGCAUUAUAGACUAGAGUCGGAGGAGAAACCAACGUUUCCGCUGCAGCAGAAGAACUUUUAUAACUAUAUUGUCGAGAAUAAGGAGAUUAUAAAGACUUUGUCUUUACUCUCGACUUGCACACAGAACGUUAAAACGGAGCUAAACAAUCUCGUAAAGCGAUGGCGCCCGUAUCAUUAUCUCUGGAAGUGUGAGAAAACCCUCCGCCAACUUCUGGCGUGGAACUUGAACGACUUCGAGCUGGCGCUGAAGCGGCACAGCGAGCUGGAGGCCAAGCUGGCCACGGAGCCCGACGUGCUGGUCAUCGGGAGCUGCCUCGCCGUGUCUACGGAGCGGCUCAAGCUAGGGCUCAGCACCGAACUUAAAAACGGCACACACCGGAUCGGGCAAGCCAUGCGCAAGAAGUACAAACGAGAGAUGGACUACGUGUAUGCCAUCAUGAAUGACCUUGAGCGUAAGCUGGAGCGGCCAAUUAGGGACCUGGAUGAUGUGCGGAGCGUUAUGGAGACGCUUAAGAAGAUUAGGGAGCAGGAGGUCGAUAUGGAGCUGAAGAUCGACCCUGUUGAGGAAGCAUUCAACGUGAUAACUCGCUACGAGCUGCCAGUGAGCCAGGCCGACUUGGAACAGGUAGACAGCCUCCGCUACUCAUGGCAGCAACUUCAGGCCACCGCGCUAGCUGCCCACGUGCAGCUGCUCCAAAUGCAGCCCCAAUUUGAAGAGGACCUGAAAAACAACCUGGACAGGUUCAGAGAGGACAACGGGGAGUAUGUCCAUGAAUACCGGCACGCUGGUCCGAUGCAGUCGGGCCUGACGCCGCGAGAGGCGUCCGACAGGCUAAUACUAUUCCAGAACCGUUUCGACGGCAUGUGGCGUAAGCUGCAAACCUACCAAAGCGGCGAGGAACUCUUCGGCCUCCCCCAUACCGAGUACCCAGAACUGGCUCAGAUCAGAAAAGAACUGAACCUUCUGCAAAAGCUGUACAAACUGUACAAUGACGUCAUUGACAGAGUCAGCAGUUACUACGAUAUACCUUGGGGCGAAGUCAACAUUGAAGAAAUCAACAAUGAGCUUAUGGAGUUUCAGAAUAGAUGUCGCAAACUUCCUAAAGGUUUAAAAGAGUGGCCUGCCUUCUUCGCUCUAAAGAAAACCAUAGACGAUUUCAACGACAUGUGCCCCCUCCUGGAGCUGAUGGCGAACAAAGCUAUGAAACCGAGGCACUGGCAGCGGAUCAUGGAAGUCACCAAAUACAUAUUCGAGCUGGACAAUGAGGAUUUCUGUCUCAAGAACAUAUUGGAGGCUCCGCUGUUGCCCAAUAAAGAAGAUAUUGAGGAUAUCUGCAUAUCAGCGAUGAAAGAGAAAGACAUAGAAGCAAAGCUGCGUCAAGUAACUAACGAGUGGUCUAUCCAUGAGCUGACGUUCCAAACAUUUAAUAAUCGCGGCGAGUUGCUCUUGCGAGGUGACACCACAGCAGAGACCAUAGGGCAAUUGGAGGACAGUCUUAUGAUUCUGGGCUCUUUGCUGUCUAAUCGCUACAACGCUCCAUUCCGAAAACAGAUUCAACAAUGGCUUUACGACCUUCAAAACACAAACGAAAUUCUCGAACGGUGGCUUCUCGUUCAAAACAUGUGGGUAUACCUCGAGGCAGUCUUCGUCGGCGGUGACAUCGCCAAACAACUGCCCAAAGAAGCUAAACGCUUCUCUAAAAUCGACAAAUCUUGGCAGAAGAUCAUGCAAAGAGCUCACGAGACUCCUGGAGUUGUCUCAUGCUGCGUUGGAGACGAUCUCCUCAGACAAUUACUACCACAUCUGCAGGAACAGUUAGAGCUAUGCCAGAAAAGUCUAAGUGGGUAUCUAGAGAAGAAAAGGACGAUGUUUCCUCGGUUCUUCUUUGUGUCGGAUCCGGCGCUUUUGGAGAUUCUUGGACAGGCGUCGGAUUCGCAUACGAUACAGAAUCAUUUGUUGUCCAUUUUUGAUAACAUUCGUUAUGUGAAGUUUCAUGAUAUUGAAUACAAUAAAAUGAUCGCCAUAGUUUCAUCCGAAGGUGAAGAGAUCAAACUAGAGCGUCCAGUCAGAGCCGAAGGUUCAGUGGAAACUUGGCUGACAUCACUCCUCCAGUCAGCGCAGAGCAGUCUCCACUCCAUUAUCAGGACCUCCGUGUCCUUGAUCAACGAUCCUGGCUUCAAUCUGCUGAUGUUUCUUGAUAAGAUGCCGGCGCAGGUAGGCCUACUCGGUAUACAAAUCAUCUGGACUCGCGACGCCGAACUAGCCCUGAUGCAAGCGCGUCAAGACAAGAAGAUAAUGAUGGAGACCAACAACAAGUUCCUAGAGCUACUCAAUACACUCAUCGAUCAGACAACCAGGGAUCUGCUGAAGAUUGAGAGGAUAAAGUUUGAGACGCUUAUCACCAUUCACGUCCAUCAGAGGGAUAUAUUCGAUAUGCUGUGCCGACUCAACGUCAGAUCAGCCAGUGACUUCGAAUGGUUGAAGCAAUGCCGUUUCUACUUUAAAGAGGACGCCGACAAGACCUGGGUAUCAGUUACCGACGUCACGUUUAUCUAUCAGAACGAGUAUCUUGGCUGCACUGAUCGGCUUGUCAUUACGCCGUUAACUGACAGAUGCUACAUAACUCUAGCUCAAGCGCUGGCUAUGAGCAUGGGCGGCGCUCCUUGCGGCCCCGCCGGUACCGGCAAAACGGAGACCGUUAAGGACAUGGGCAAGACCCUCGCAAAAUACGUCGUCGUGUUCAACUGCUCCGAUCAGAUGGAUUACAGAGGCCUCGGCCGCAUCUACAAAGGCCUCGCCCAGUCUGGUUCCUGGGGCUGUUUCGACGAGUUCAAUCGCAUAGAACUGCCAGUACUGUCCGUCGCCGCGCAGCAAGUAGCUGUAGUGCUGGCCGCUAAGAAGGAGAAGAAGAAAACGUUCGUGUUCACUGAUGGGGAUACUUCGGAGAUGUGUCCGGAGUUCGGGAUCUUCAUUACGAUGAAUCCCGGUUACGCUGGCAGGAAAGAGUUGCCAGAAAACUUGAAGAUCCAGUUCCGAACAGUAGCCAUGAUGGUGCCAGAUAGACAGAUCAUCAUCAGAGUGAAGUUGGCCUCCUGUGGCUUCUUGGAAAACAUUACGCUCGCCAGGAAGUUUUACACGCUGUACAAGCUAUGUGAGGAACAGCUUACUAAGCAGGUCCACUAUGACUUCGGCCUCCGCAACAUCCUCUCAGUCCUCCGCACCCUCGGGGCAGUCAAACGCGUCAACUCCAAAGACAACGAGAGCACCAUCGUGAUGCGCGUGCUUCGGGACAUGAAUCUCUCGAAGCUGAUCGACGAGGAUGAACCACUCUUUAUAUCACUGGUCGCAGAUUUGUUCCCUAAUCAGGCGCUGGAGAAAACUACCUAUCCUGAGCUGGAAGAAGCCAUUAGAAAACAGGUCGACGAGACGAGGCUUAUCUGCCAUCCGCCGUGGAUUCUCAAAAUUAUCCAGCUGUACGAGACACAGCGUGUGCGUCACGGCAUCAUGACACUGGGGCCGCCCGGUGCCGGCAAGACGACCUGCAUACACACCCUCAUGAACGCUCUUACUGAGAUUGAGAACCCGCAUAGGGAAAUGCGAAUGAACCCUAAAGCCAUCACCGCCGCCCAGAUGUUCGGCCGACUCGACGUAGCUACCAACGAUUGGACCGACGGCAUCUUCUCAGCCCUAUGGCGUAAGACCCUGAAGAUGAAAGAAGGCGAGCACGUCUGGCUGGUCCUCGACGGUCCUGUCGACAGCAUAUGGAUUGAGAACCUGAAUUCCGUGCUGGAUGAUAAUAAAACCUUGACAUUGGCUAAUGGUGAUCGCUUGACCAUGUCACCGACUUCUAAGAUUCUGUUUGAGCCGGAGAAUAUUGAUAAUGCAUCGCCUGCUACUGUGUCGAGGAAUGGUAUGGUGUAUAUGAGUGCUUCGGGGCUGGACUGGGAUCCAGUGCUCCGUGCCUGGCUCAUGACUCGCUCAGAGAGAGAAUUAGAAAUAUUUAGCACGCUUUUCGAUCAGACAUUUCCAAAUGUAUACACGUGGUGUACUCAAAAUCUGAUCUUCAGCAUGAGGGUACUUCAAAGUAACAUCAUACUACAAAUGCUCAGUCUCUUGGAGGGACUUGUUCCUCCGCAGAUAGAGGAAACUGAAGACCCUUCCGCAAGCAAAUCAGUUAACGGUGAUAUUGACGACGAAGAGGAAAAAGAGAAAACUGAAGAGAUCAUACUCUUUACACCAGAACACUUGCACAAAGUAUACGUAUUCACAUUAGUUUGGGGAUUUGGUUCCCUUCUAGAAACCAAAGAUAGAAUACGAUACGAUGCGUUCUUAAAACAGAAUUUUGCGGAAAAUUUAGACUUACCAAAACACCCUAAUAAUAAACCUUCGAUUGUUUUCGACUUUUAUGUAAAGCAUCCUGGCAAGUGGGAACUCUGGGACGAUUUGGUGACGAAUUACCAGUACCCGGACACAGCAUCACCAGAUUAUGCUAGUAUUCUGGUCCCGAUAGUAGACAACGUAAGAAUAAACUACCUCAUUCACUGCAUAGCUAAACAAGGCAAAGCUGUGUUGUUAAUCGGAGAACAAGGCACUGCAAAGACUGUCAUGAUGAAAGCUUACAUGAAAAAUACUAAUCCAGAGCAGUUCAUGGGUCGCUCUUUCAAUUUUUCUUCAGCGACUAGCCCUUAUCAGUUCCAAAAGACUAUUGAAAGUUACGUUGAAAAACGUAGUGGUAUGACAUUUGGACCACCGGGGGGUAAGAAGAUGUUAGUGUUUAUCGACGAUAUAAAUUUACCACAGAUCAAUGAGUGGGGUGAUCAAAUAACAAAUGAAAUUGUUAGGCAGACCAUGAGCAUGAAUGGUUUCUACAGUUUGGAGAAGCCUGGAGACUUUACCACGGUCAUUGACAUACAGUUCCUUGGUGCUAUGGGACAACCAGGUGGUGGUAGGAACGACAUACCGUCUCGUUUGAAACGCCAGUUUGCAAUAUUCAACUGUCCUUUGCCUAAUAACGAUGCGAUUGACAAAAUUUUCAAAGUUAUUGGUGAAGGUCAUUACAACGCCAAGCGAGGUUUUACUGUAGAAGUCCGUAACCUUAUUAAAAAAGUGAUUCCGUUGACCAGGGAGUUGUGGAUGAGAACAAGACUGAAUCUUCUACCGACGCCGGCUAAGUUUCACUACGUAUUUUCUCUCCGAGAUUUGUCUAGGGUGUGGCAGGGCAUGGUUGGAACCUUACCCACUGUCAUUGAAUCAGAAAAAUGUUUAAUGCUGCUAUGGAAACAUGAGUGUUCUAGAGUUUUCUCCGACAGAUUCACACAUCAAGUUGAUAAAGACUGGUUUAACAAAUCUUUGUAUGAUACAUCAGACGAAAUAUUAGGAGUAGAAUACAAAAAGAUGAUGGAAAGUGAACCUGUCUUUGUAGAUUUUAUGAGGGACGCACCGGAACCGACUGGUGAAGAAGGCGAAGAUGCCGACAUGGAGUUACCAAAAGUGUAUGAACCCGUGUUUGAGUAUAGUGAGCUCCGAGAAAGAUUAGAAAUGUUCCUGUCCCAGUUCAAUGAAAUGGUACGCGGGUCGGGCAUGGAUUUAGUGUUCUUUCCCGAUGCUAUGUUCCAUCUUGUGAAGAUAUCCAGGGUGAUACGACAUCCAAGAGGCAAUGUAAUGCUUGUUGGAGUAGGGGGUUCUGGAAAACAAUCCUUGACGAAGCUAUCUACUUUUAUAGCUGGGUACCGGUCUUUUCAAAUCGCACUUACGAGAUCGUACAAUGUUGGUAACUUCCUUGAAGAUUUGAAGCUACUUUAUAGAUCGUGCGGUGUCCAAGGCAAAGGAACAACAUUCAUCUUUACAGAUUUGGAUAUAAAGGAAGAAGGAUUCCUGGAAUAUUUGAACAAUAUUCUAUCAUCCGGUGUUAUAUCUAAUUUGUUCACUAAAGACGAGCAGCAAGAAAUUAUUUCGGAACUCACGCCGAUUAUGAAACGAGAAAAUCAAAAGAGAACUCUCAACAAUGAAUUAGUAAUGGAAUAUUUUUUAAACAGGACUUGCCAAAACCUGCAUGUCGUAUUAUGUUUUUCACCGGUCAGCGAAGCCUUUAGAUACCGCGCACUUCGCUUCCCAGCUCUUAUCUCUGGCUGCACCAUUGACUGGUUCCAACCUUGGCCCAAAGAUGCCCUUGUUUCCGUAGCCGACCACUUUUUAACGGAGUUUGAAAUCGAAUGUACAAAAGAAGUAAAAAAAGAACUCGUCACAGUAUUGGGGACGAUACAAGACGUCGUAUCGCAAGUGUCCGCAGAAUAUUUCCAAAGAUUCCGUCGAUCGUCACAUGUUACUCCUAAAUCAUACCUCAAUUUUAUUGGAGGAUACAAAACGAUUUAUCAAAUGAAGCAAAAAGAGUUAGGUGAUGGCGCAUUACGCAUGGACACUGGAUUAGAAAAACUUCGUGAAGCAUCAAUAUCCGUUGAAGUUUUAAAAAAAGAUUUGGCAGUAAUGGAGCAGGAUUUAGCAUUGGCUUCGGAAAAAGCUGAUCGUGUGCUCACUGAAGUAACAGAAAGAGCAAUGCAAGCCGAAAUAGUAAAGAAUCAGGUUCAGAUAGUAAAAGAAAAGGCAGAAGCUCUCGUAGCCUAUAUAGCUGAAGAAAAAUUGAAAGCAGAAAUUAAACUGGAGGCAGCUAAACCGGCGUUAGAAGAAGCUGAAGCUGCUCUUAAUACUAUAAAGCCAGCGCAUAUUGCCACGGUCAGAAAAUUGGGUAGGCCACCGCACCUUAUUAUGAGGAUCAUGGAUUGCGUAUUGAUAUUGUUUCAAAGGAGAUUACACCCGCUCAUUCCUGAUGUGGCUGCACCAUGUCCAAAGCCUUCAUGGGCAGAGUCUCUCAAGAUGAUGGCCAGUACGACUUUUCUUCUCCAACUCCAGAAUUAUCCUAAAGAUAUUAUAAACAAUGAGAUGGUUGAACAUUUGGUACCCUAUUUUGAGAUGGAGGACUACAACAUGGACACGGCCAAGAGGGUCUGCGGUGACGUCGCCGGGUUGCUAUCGUGGACAAAGGCUAUGGCAUUCUUCCAUAGUGUCAACAAGGAAGUAUUGCCUUUGAAAGCCAAUCUGCUGCUUCAGGAAGCAAGAUUAAAAGUUGCAAUGGAAGAUUUGGCUUCCGCAGAAAGACAACUAGAGGAACGUGAAAUGUCUCUUCGAAAAGUCAAAGAUCAAUAUGAAUCUGCUGUCUCUGAAAAACAGCAGUUGACGGACGCUGCUAACGUUUGCUUACGAAAAAUGACUGCCGCCACUGCACUGAUUAAUGGAUUAGGCGGAGAAAAGAUCAGAUGGACGCAACAAAGUAAGGAUUUCAAAGAACAGUUGGGAAGAUUGGUAGGUGAUGUCGUCCUAGCAACAGGAUUCCUUUCGUACUGCGGCCCUUACAAUCAGGAAUUUAGAAACAAUUUGCUAAAUAACUGGAUGGGGAUAUUAAAGAACAAACAAAUACCUUUGACAGAUAACUUAAAUAUAACUAAUAUGCUGGUUGAAAAUGCUACAAUAUCUGAAUGGACGCUCCAAGGCUUACCAAACGAUGAUUUAUCAGUUCAGAAUGCUCUUAUUGUUACUAAAUCUAGCUCUUACCCUUUAUUAGUCGAUCCACAGAGUCAGGGUAAGAAUUGGAUAAAAAACAAAGAAAGUACAAAUGAAUUACAAAUUUCUUCACUCAACCACAAGUAUUUCAGAACUCAUCUAGAGGACAGUCUGUCGCUUGGAAGACCAUUGCUUAUAGAAGAUGUCAGCGUAGAGUUAGAUCCAGUUAUUGACAACGUGUUAGAGAAGAACUUUAUUAAAUCGGGUUCAAUAGAGAAAGUAAUCGUCGGUGAUAAGGAAUGCGAUGUUAUGCCUGGCUUUAUGCUAUAUAUAACAACAAAAUUACCUAAUCCCGCAUAUUCUCCUGAAAUAAGUGCUAAAACAUCGAUAAUUGAUUUCACUGUUACUAUGCGAGGUUUGGAAGAUCAACUUUUAGGUCGUGUGAUUUUAAUGGAGAAAUCAGAUUUAGAAGAAGAAAGAGUGGCGCUCUUCGAGUCCGUAAUGAAGAAUCAGCGCAGUAUGAAAGAAUUGGAAAGCAAUUUGCUUUGCCGCCUCACGUCAUCUGAAGGCUCAUUAGUAGAUGACGAAGCCUUGAUCCAAGUCUUGCAAGUAACUAAAACGACAGCAGAAGAAGUCAAUGAAAAACUAAAAGUCGCAGAAGUUACAGAAAAGAAAAUUAUAAAAGCUCGUGAAGAGUUUAGAGCAGUUGCAGCAAGGGGAUCGAUUUUGUAUUUCUUAAUAGUAGAAAUGAGCAAUGUAAACAUCAUGUACCAGAACUCGUUAAGACAAUUUUUGACAAUAUUCGAUAAUUCAAUAACGAAGUCUACUAAAACCAAUGUGACUGAGGAACGUAUUAAUAUAAUACUGAAAUACCUUACACAUGAAGUGUGGGCAUUUACAUUGCGAAGUUUGUAUGAACGUCACAAGGCUCUGUUCACGUUGAUGCUGGCAAUGAAAAUCGAUUGUCAUCGUCAAUUAAUUUCUCACGAUGAAUUCACGGCGUUUGUGAAAGGAGGCGCGUCGCUGGAUUUGAAUGCAGUGACUCCUAAGCCUUUUAAGUGGAUUCUGGAUAUAACGUGGCUAAAUCUGGUGGAGAUUAGUAAAUUGAAGACUUUUACUGACGUGUUGCAAAAGAUCACAUCCAACGAGAAGGAGUGGCGCGUCUGGUAUGAAAAGGCGAAGCCAGAAGAAGAAACGAUUCCCAGUGGUUACAACGACAGCCUCGACGUAUUCCGUAAACUGCUGCUUAUCCGCUCGUGGAGCCCUGACCGAACCCUGUCGCAGGCCAGGAAGUAUAUUGUCGAUUCCCUCGGCCCGGAAUACGGCGAGGGCUGCAUUUUGAACCUUGAAGCCACCUGGGAAGAAUCAGAGCCACGUACACCUCUCAUUUGCAUCCUGUCUAUUGGCUCUGAUCCCUCCGCGCAGAUCGCAUCACUAGCCAAGUCUAAGGAAAUUCAAAUAAAAGCUGUAUCGAUGGGUCAGGGUCAAGAAAUCGUCGCAAGAAAAAUGAUAUCAGACUCAAUGAACGAAGGAGGCUGGGUACUCCUACAAAAUAUCCACUUGUCCCUUCCGUUCUGUGUAGAAGCUAUGGAUGCUUUAAUAGAAACUGAACAUGUACAGGAAUCUUUUAGGCUUUGGCUCACAACUGAAGUCCACACGGAGUUCCCGAUAGGUCUACUACAAAUGGCAAUUAAAUUCACCAAUGAACCUCCUCAAGGCAUCAGAGCUAGCAUGAAAAGAACUUACCAAAACAUAACUCAAGAUACGUUAGAUUACUCAUCUUUAUCCCAAUGGCCACCGCUGUUGUAUGCAGUAGCUUUCCUACAUACUAUCGUGCAAGAACGACGCAAGUUCGGACCUCUAGGAUGGAACAUUCCCUACGAGUUCAAUCAAGCCGAUUACGCAGCCAGCGUGCAGUUUAUACAAAAUCAUCUCGACGAUAUCGACCCUAAGAAAGGCAUAUCAUGGCCAACAAUCUGUUACAUGCUUGGGGAAGUCCAAUAUGGCGGUCGUGUGACAGAUGACUUCGACAAACGCCUUUUGACAACUUUCACAAACGUGUGGUUCUGUGAUGUACUGCUACGACCGGGUUUUGAAUUCUAUAAGGGUUACAAAGUGCCUCAGACAAGGAAUCUCUCCGGCUAUGUUGAUUAUAUUAAUCAGCUUCCAUUGACUGAUACUCCCGAAGUAUUCGGUCUUCAUGGGAACGCUGACAUUACGUAUCAGAUCAAUAGUGCUAAAGAUAUACUGGACACAAUAUUGAGUGUGCAACCAAAAGAAGGUGGCAGCCAAGGUGGCGAGACAAGAGAAAGUAUCGUGUACAGGCUAGCCGAAGACAUGUUGGAGAAAUUACCAAAACAAUACGUGAGUUUUGAAGUUAGAGAAGCUUUAGUGAAAAUGGGAGCUUUUUUGCCAAUGAAUAUCUUUUUAAGACAAGAGAUCGACCGCAUCCAGCGAGUGAUUAAAUCAGUGCAGUCAACUCUGUGUAACCUGAAGCUAGCCAUCGAUGGCACCAUAGUGAUGAGUCAGGGGCUGCGCGAGAGUCUCGAUGCUAUGUAUGAUGCGAGGAUACCGCAGAAUUGGCUCAAGGUAUCGUGGGAGUCAGCAACGCUAGGUUUCUGGUACACAGAGUUAUUGGAGCGAGAGCAUCAGUACCGCGUGUGGCUGCGUGACGGCCGUCCCACUGCCUUCUGGAUGACUGGUUUCUUCAACCCUCAGGGGUUUCUCACCGCUAUGAGACAGGAGGUAACCCGAGGUCACAAAGGGUGGGCACUGGACUCCGUGGUCCUACAGAACCACAUCACUAAGCUGAACCGAGAGGACGUUCACGAGGGCCCGGCCGAAGGCGUUUACGUCUACGGACUGUUUCUUGAAGGCGCAUCCUUGGACAGAAAAUCGGGUAAGCUCAUCGAAUCAAAACCCAAAGUCCUGUACGAACAAAUGCCGGUUAUCUACAUCUUCGCCAUCAACACCACAGCGGGCAAGGACCCUAGGCUUUACGAGUGCCCCAUCUACCGGAAACCCCAACGAACUGAUGCUAAAUACGUGGGUUCUAUAGACUUCGAGACCGAUAGUAAUCCAAGGCAUUGGGCGUUGAGGGGAGUGGCGCUGCUGUGCGAUAUUAAGUGA